AUGUCACCACCGAUGAUCCAUAUGGGAAGCAUGAAAGCAGUGACCAUUCUGAACUGCAGUAGCAGCCAUACGGAUGCAGAUGCAGAUGCAGAUCUCGUGGAACCUAGGUCCAGUGGUAAAGGAAGUAUAUUGAGAUUCAUGGAAUCAAAACAAAUUUCCGAAACAAAUGAUACCAUUGAGAUCGUCUCUCCAGUUCUUCAUCUCUCCGCGUAUGUUCCUUGCUUCAUUAACUGCUAA